AUGGUCAACAAAAAGUUCCUCGAAAAGGCGGGGGACAAGACCAAGCCGACCUCGUCGACAGGUAACGCUUCGCCCGAGCUCAAGCCGAAUCAGAGUCAGUACACUAUCCACGCGAGAAGAUUGUUCUUUCGGAAUCAAACUGGGGCUGACCACGUCUAGGUACGUUCCUCUCCUCAGUCCGACCGUCGCCUUCAACUUUGAACGCGACGACGAGUUCGGCCACGGCCACUUCGGCUGGACUGCCCCGCUUGUUAUCGGGCAAGAUCUCCCUCACCAUGGGCAGCGCAUCCCAUAGCUCGUCCAACUCGUCCGCACUGGGGAACAAGAACUCGAGUUCGUCGUCCUCGGCUGCAGGAGGGACCGGAUCAGGUGGAGCGGCCGCUCAACCGACGACGACGUGGACCAAGACUGCCAUUCCUACCCAACCUUUACCUACACCCACCUCAGCACCAGGAGGCUUGACCUCUGAAGACCGAGCCUUUGGUCGACGAGCACCCAGCGCCUUCUCCAGUACCAGCGGAGGUCGUACCGACCAACCCUGGGUCCGCGGGGGGGCUCCGCGUUCGCUCGAUUUCGGCGCGACCGAAUUCCCGACCGCGGCCGAAGCAGCGAAUGCGAAAGCGUUGAGGGCGCAACAGAUUUUGGAACAGAUGCAAUCGAGGGAUAGGGCGAUUCAAGCCAGGGCGGCGGCGGCGGCCAAGGCGAACGCGCAUCUUUUGGAAGGGUUGGAUGCUUUCAGAGGAGUGCAUUUGGAUCCGAAUGCUAGUCAUUGGGACGAGGUGAGUGGAUGGUGAUGGUGGUAAUUGGAUCCUGAAUGCAAACUGAUCACUUUUCCUUUGGUGGUUGAUGCGCUUCAUAGAUGGGUGACGAGGAUGACAACUUUCUCGACGACACGAUCGAGUUCGCCGAUGGGACGCAGUACAAGAUCUCCGAAGUCGCCGCGGCCAACAACAGCACGAACGAGCUCAAGGAACCUUCACCUGAAGAGAUGGGCAAGCUCGAGGCGCCUUUGGCACCGGGGGAAAAGAUGGAGGAGCCCAGUCGACAGGAAAGGUUCAAGGACGAUUUCGAUCGAUCUUAUGGUGGGUCGAGGGCGAAUGAUUCUUCUUCGAGGAGGGAACCGAUUUCUUCGUCGACAGCGCCAAACGCGAAUGGUCCUUCGGGUGCACCGCCUACCAGGACGUUGUUCAAUGCCAAAGAAGGGAGGAUGGAACCCACGGCGCCUUCGUCUUCAACGAGGUCAUCGGGUCCUUCAACGAGGAGGUUGUCGAACGACGUCGUCUCCAUCGCGAGAAGAGGCGAUACCACCUCUCCUCGAUUGGAGAAGGCCAGUUUACCCCCCGCACCCGCAACGAACCCAUGGGGUCGGGUACCCCCUACGAAUGCGAUACCUAUUUCGACGACGGCGCGAAGGUUGAGCAUGAACGCGGGUGGGGAACGACAAUUGCCGCCUCAUAUGAUGCAGGCGAAUCAGCAUCAGUCUGUCGCACCGACGAGGAACUCGGUUCUUUCCCCUCCCCGAGCGAGAGAACCUUCCUUACCUUCGACGUCACCCUCGGCACCAGCACCAGCACCACCACCACCACCAGCCCCAGCACUGAAGGAAGUCAUCGCCCCUCCCCCCGUUGUCGAACCCGUCGAAGACCUCGAAGCGCGUCAAGCGCGCGAGAUGCAUGCCGCUGCUGAACGAGCGCGAGCAAGGCGACAAGAAGAGGAGAGGGAACGCGUCGCGCAGGCCGAACGGGCGAAGAAGAAGGCACAGGAAUUGGAGGAGAGGAUGAAGGCGGCUGAGGAGGCGAAGAAAACGCCUGUCGUGGCUCAAAAAGAGGUGCCUUCGCUGGCGCCGAAGGUUGAUUCGUGGAGGAGGACUUCGGGCCCGACUGGGCCGGCGGGUACUUUGACUGCACCAUCCAAGACGACGGUUCCGCCUCCUGCGGUCACUUCAACACCUAGCGUUCGACCCGAGCCGAUUCGGAUUCUGUCGAGGGAGCCUAAAGAGUCCGCACCUCCGCCACACGUCGCAAUCACCAAAGCGUCGUCUGUGCCACCUGUGAACGAAUCCAAGCCGACAUCCUCAGUUACGACUUCGGCCGCACGAGCACCUUUGGAACCUCAGGAUCGAGCAUGGCGACGCGCCGAUGUCCCGAAUGGGCGUGGCAAUGGUCCUCCACCACCUACGACGGGCUAUCGACAACCCCCUCCUCAUCUCCUGGCUCAGGCCGCGAAUGCGAACAAAAACGAGGCGCGUGUUAGCGAGCGAGAGCGAAGGGUUUCGGGGAACGCCGCGUCUUCUUCGGCGACGAUGGAGGCCAACCUCGAGAUCAAGCCUGCUUCGUCGAACAAGACGACACCGCCUCAAGCCUCGCCAUCGUUCGCGACAGGAGUCGAGACGACUACUUCGCCGAGACGUGGGAAUCGAGGUCAGCAGCAGCAGCAGCAGCGUGAGAAUGCGCAGUUCGACGACCUCAUGUCGCGCGUCAAGAACGCCAUGGCAUCGCCUUCUUCGAAAGAUGGAUCGGCUGAGGCGGCGUCACCCACGACUACGAUGACGGGUCAGGACGCUCCGGAGACUGUCGUGACGGGGUCGAGUCCGCCUCGCGUCAAGAUGCCCGUCAUCAAGUUGCCUUCGUCGGGGCAGAACAAGCAAGCCGCUUCCGCUGCAGUGGCAGCUUCGACGGCAAGUCCUGCAGCCGCAGCCCCAGGGAGGAACAACCAGGCCUCGGUCAGACUCCCCCCUCAACCUGCCGCUACCCCGGCUGCACCACCCAAGCCGGCUUUCGAACCCCGCGAGCCGCGAUCGAUGUUUGAACGUACUGCUCGAGCCCGAUCGCCCUCCCCUGGCCCGGCAUGGCGUUUGUACCCCGUCAAACUUGCAUCUUACCCUACCGCGCACCGACCUGUCUCACGGUACAAGUUGCGCGAUUUCAACGACGCGAUGAAGCCUUUACGUGUCGCUUUAUUGACGUGGAACCCACCGAUUCAAGGAUUAGGGACGAGGCGGUUGUCGAGGGACGAUUAUCUGCACCCCAAGAAGUUCACUAGGGGGGUUCCCCAAGCCGCUGUGCAGAUGCCAAAGGAGAGGAUCGAACGAAGGACCGAGAUUGAAAUCGUCAUCGUUGAUCGAUCAAAGCCCAAACCGGCGGUGAAUGGAUCGAGGAGCAUGGGUGGGACUUCGAGGUCGGCUACGCCUUCUGCUUUCGAGAGAGGAUGGGGAAGUGGGAGCCCGGCGGGGGCGGCGGCGGGUAGGGCACGACCUUCGGAUGCAGAGCAUUGGAAACGAGCGACGCCGACCAAGGUCAAUGGCGUUUCAUCUGUUGAUACGACGACCGCACCUUCGACGGCGGCAUUGUUCGAUCCUGCAACACCACAGCGCUUGACACCACCUCCUUCGAGUGCACAGUCCGCAUCGCAAAGCGAUUCGUUGUCUUCGACGUCGAAGCCUUUCCUUUCGCAAGUCUCGGCGGCGGUCUCGGCCGUCGCGGCGUCGGAUCGAACGAGGGCUGUAACGGGUGAUUUGGAUGGGGAGGAGGUACAAAAGACCCCGAGGGCGUCGUUGUCUGCUCCUGGCGCAGAACGUAUGGAACCGACGAGUCUCGUAAGCACGGCGAUUUCCAUAUGUUUAUGUUGGAGAGUUGAUUUUGACGAACGACGUUUCCUACUUGUUUAUCGCAGGAUAAGGCCAAGGCUUCGUUCGAUGCGACGAGCUCGCGCGUCAUGCCAGCGGCGACUUCCUCUCCCUGGCCGGUCGGCAAGGCUCCUCUUUCCUUGUCGGCCCUCGAUCCGACCGCUUCUUCACUCUGGGCUGCGCCCCCUUCGGAGCCAGGUACGCACGUCCGAUCGAUGAGUCUCCCUCGUACGCGCGUCGGAAACUCGUUGCAAGGUCUCGGCGACGACGAUUACCCUUCGUCGAUCCCCAUGUCCCUCGCCGAACUCAAGAGUGAAGACGAAGGAUCGCCCGAACGGACCAAGGGCCCUCAAUUGCCCGAGAGUUCGACGCCGGUGCCGAACAAUGAGCCAAAGUUGAGAGCGGCGGCGCCGUCGUUCUCUUCGUUCCAUACCGAGCACUUUGCGGCGCACCAAAGUCCCGGAUCGCAGACUUCCUCGACGUUGCGUUUCCCUUCGAUCCAACGCUCGGUCGGGGCGCCCAUUCAUGGCGUCGAGGCGUACGCCUACUCUCCACAGCUCUCCGCCGCGACGCUCGUGGGGCACUCGUACUCGCCUGCUCACUAUGCCACCGUAGCACCGCAGCACUAUGCGUCGUACUCGCCCGUGCAGCAGCAUCAGCAUCUCUCCCAGGCGCAACAGGCUCACUAUCAAGGCCGGACGACCUACGUCCCUACCUCGGCUGCAUCGCUGUACGCCUCGGGUGUGGCUGCGAGUGAAUACGCGAGCGUGCCGACGACGACGGCGCAUCAGCAGCAACAGGCCUACUACCGUGCGCAAGCUGCCGCUUCGGCGCAGCAGCAGCAACAAUCGCAACAGUACCUGGUCAAUCCUGCGCUCGUCGCUGCGGGCUACGGUACCUCGUCGUAUGGGUCCGAUGCUGUCGGAGCUUACGGAGCUGUUGGAGGUGGGACGAGUCGACAUGUUUCGUCGCACGGUGGUGUCUCGGCUGCGUCUACGACGGGGGGCGUCUAUGCGACCCACCCUGCGUACGGGGUCAGCCCCGCCUCUCGAUCAUCGAUGUACUCCCCCAUCCCUUCCUCGAACCGAGUCUACGUCACCUCGAGCGCCUCAUCGCACUAUUCGCACGACCUUCCCCGUAGCGACGUCACUUCCUCCUCCUACUACGGCUCGACCGCCACCCCUUCCUCAACGACGACGAGUAGCAAGUCGCCUUACUCGCAUUCCCGAACGAUCGACAGCGCUCUGUCCAGCGGUACACCGGCAACGGGAUCGAGUUUCAUCUCCGGUCCCAUCAGCCCCGUCAUCAUGCCUCAACAUCUACAACCUCAUGCCGUACACCUCGUCCCAUCAGGAUCGAUCGGUUCCGUCUUCCCUUCCACCGCCGGAGCAGGGAAUCGAGGUGCUGGUGCAGGAGCAGCACAGGGAGGUCGAGGUGGUUACGGUGGUAUAUCGAGUGGUGCGCGAGCGGUGUCCGCAAGUGUUGGCGGCGCCCAUGGUGCGUACCCAGGGCAUCAGCAAGCUGGGACUUAUCGGUCGCAGUGGUGA